AUGGCGAUCUGCUUUUGGCUGCGGAGCCCCGCGGCCUCGCUCCUCCGGCCACCGCCUCCGGGCUGCCUCCUCUGCCCCCGCGCCGGCAGCCUGGGGCCCGCUUCGAGGCCCGCGCCCAGCCUGGCUCAGCUCCGCCGCUACGCCGGGGCCCUGGCGGGCCUCUCCGCGGGGCUGCUGCGCACCGACAGCUUCGUGGGCGGCCGCUGGCUCCCGGCCGCCUCCACCUUCCCGGUGCACGACCCGGCCAACGGCGCCGUGCUGGGCAUGGUGGCCGACUGCGGGGGGCCCGAGGCCCGAGCCGCCGUGCGCGCCGCCUACGAGGCUUUCAGCAGCUGGAGGGCGGUCUCGGCCAAGGAAAGGAGUUCACUACUGAGGAAAUGGUAUGAUUUAAUGAUACAAAAUAAGGAUGACCUUGCCAAGAUAAUCACAGCUGAAAAUGGGAAGCCACUGAAGGAAGCACAGGGAGAAAUUCUCUAUUCCGCCCUUUUCCUCGAGUGGUUUUCAGAGGAAGCCCGCCGCAUUUAUGGAGACAUUAUCCAUACCUCAGCAAAGGACAAGCGUGCCCUGGUCCUCAAGCAGCCCAUAGGUGUGGUGGCAGUCAUCACCCCGUGGAAUUUCCCCAGCGCCAUGAUCACCCGGAAGGUGGGGGCUGCCCUGGCAGCCGGCUGCACUGUGGUGGUGAAACCUGCUGAAGACACGCCCUUCUCUGCCCUGGCCCUGGCCGAGCUUGCAAACCAGGCGGGAAUUCCUCCAGGUGUGUGCAAUGUUAUUCCCUGCUCUCGGAAGAAGGCCAAGGAAGUGGGAGAAGCACUUUGUACUGACCCUCUGGUGCCCAAAAUUUCCUUUACUGGCUCAACAGCUACAGGAAAGAUCCUGUUGCACCAUGCAGCAAACUCUGUGAAAAAGGUCUCCAUGGAGCUGGGUGGUCUUGCUCCAUUCAUAGUAUUUGACAGUGCCAACGUGGACCAAGCUGUAGCAGGGGCCCUGGCGUCUAAAUUUAGGAACUCUGGGCAGACAUGUGUUUGCGCAAACCGAUUCUUGGUGCAAAGGGGCAUCCAUGAUUCCUUUGUCAAAAAAUUUGCUGAAGCGAUGAAGAAGACCCUGCACGUGGGUAAUGGAUUUGAGGAGGGAACUACUCAAGGCCCAUUAAUUAAUGAGAAGGCAGUAGAAAAGGUGGAAAAACAUGUGAGUGAUGCAGUCUCCAAAGGGGCCACCCUGGUGACAGGUGGGAAGCGACACCAGCUUGGAAAAAAUUUCUUUGAGCCCACCUUGCUCAGCAAUGUCUCCAAGGACAUGCUUUGCUCUCAUGAAGAAACUUUUGGGCCUCUGGCACCAGUGAUCAAGUUCGAUACAGAGGAGGAGGCUAUUGCCAUUGCUAAUGCAACUGAUGUUGGGUUAGCAGGUUAUUUUUACUCUCAAGACCCAGCCCAGAUCUGGAGAGUAGCAGAGCAGCUGGAAGUUGGUAUGGUUGGCGUCAAUGAAGGACUGAUUUCCUCGGUGGAGUGUCCUUUUGGUGGAGUGAAGCAGUCUGGCCUUGGGCGAGAGGGGUCCAAGUAUGGCAUCCAUGAGUACCUGGAACUCAAGUCAGUCGCUCAACAUGACCCCUUACAUCCACAGCAAUAUUAGCUGUGGAUUCUGGAUGACUAGAAGCCAUGAUGAACAAAACAAAAUGAGGUUAAAUCAAGCUCAAGAGAAAAUACUGCAAUAAAGAAACUACACGAGAUUCAUGAGGCUGUUUCCAGCAUAACAUGGCAAACUGUUUUAUGGUGAACUUUUUUUUUUUUUUUUUUUUGAGACAGAGUCUCACUAUGUCGUCACCUCUGUAGACUGCUCUGGUGUCACAGCUCACAGCAACCUCAAACUCUUUGGGCUUAAGCAAUUCUCCUGCCUCAGACUCCCAAGUAGCUGGGACUACAGGUGCCCGCCACAAUGCCUGGCUAUUCUUUUGUUACAGUUGUCAUUGAGUUCAGCUGUCCUGGGCCAGUUUCAAACCUGCCACACUUGGUGCAUGUGGUCAGUGCCGUAACCACUGUGCUACGGGCACUGCCCUAUGAUGAACUUUUUUAUAAGUAGAAUGAGUACACUAUAAAAUAACAAAACUAUAGUACAGUAAAUACAUAAAUCAGUAAUACAGUUGUUAAUUAUAAAGUAUUAUUACUGUACUUAAUGGUAUGUGCUGUAACUUUAUAUGAUUGGCAACUCAGCAGGGUUGUUUACACCAGCAUCACCACAAACAGGUGAGUAAUGCAUUGCACUGCAACAUUAAAACAGGAUGUCACUAGAUGACAAGAAUUUUUCAACUUCAUUAUAAUUUUAUAGGACCAUAAGUCAUAUGUACAGUCUGUCAUUGAAUGAAACAUUAUGUGGCACUUGACAGGCAAGGCUAUAUGCUGACGUCUGCUGUAAUAAGAUUUCAUUCCUCAAUGAAAUCUUUCAUUCCUCAAAGAAAGCUGACCUUUUCUCUAAACUCAACUCAAAAAAGGGAGGUGCUGUGGACCGAUUAGAGAAACAGUAGUUUUACUUUUUUCUUUUUAAAAUUUGGUCUUGAUUUUAAUAGAGAUAUUUCUAGUAUUUCACUGUUAAUCAUAGACCUGGCUUUCCCCCUUAGCAACUUUUAAAUUUUAAUAUUGAUAUAACUGUAAACUCAUAAGAAGUUGCAAAAAAAAAAAAAAAUGCAGAGUCCUGUAUACCUUCCACCCAAUGGUUAACAUAUUACAUAACUAAUACUGUAUGAGAACCAGGAAACUGACACCUGGUUAAUACAGACCUUAUUCUUAUUUCACCAAUUUCUGUGUGCAUUCAUGUAUGAGUUUAUGUGUAGUUCUACCCAGUUUUAUCACAUCAGUAGGUACAGUUGUGGAGAUACCACCACAAUCAAGACAAACUGUCUCGUCUCCACCAAGGAAAUCUCAGGCGCUGCUUCUUCAUAGUUGGUUCAUAGCAAUAUCACUUGGCAGGGUUGGUUUUUGUUCCACUUUUCACUUAAGUAUAAUACAAAUGCAAAAAGGAUAUAUAACUGAAUAAGUGAACAGCUCCCUGAAUUCUCAGAAACCCAACACACCACAUAACCAGCCCCCAUAGCAAGAAAUAAUCCCGCCAGCCUUUUCUGUGCCCCUUCUGGAAUAACUGCUUUGUUUUUCAGUGGCGUCAUUGGGCUACAGGUCUCUCUUGAGGACUUAAUGUUUGGAAAUAUUUUUUUCCUUUAAGAUCUCAUUUUUUCUUUAAGAUCAAUAAGGUAACACUUCCUUUCGGGAACCUUUAAAGAGUUUUGUGCUGAAUUUUAGGUUGAUUCAGCGUUAUCUCAGUGUGUUAGUUUGCGAGGGGCUGCCAUGAUAAAAUGCCAGACUGGAUGGCUUAAACAAGAGAAAUUCAUUUUCUCACAGUUCUGGAGCUGGCAAGUUGGAGAUGCAGGUGGCAGCAGAUUUGGUUUCUCCUGAGGUCUCUGUCUGUGUCUUGUAAAUAGCCGUCUUCUCUGUGUCUUCCCGCGUCUUUCCUCUGUGCGCGUGUGCUCCUGGUGUCUCUGCAGGUCAGAUCUCUGUACACAUGUGCUCCUGGUGUCUUCUGCAGCUCCUGGUCACUUCUAACAGGAACACUAGUCUGACUGGAUUAGACCCCAUUCUAAUGGACUCAUUUUACUCAUUGUAACUUAAUUACUUCUUUAAAGGUCUCCAAAUACCUCUGAGGUACUGGGGUUAGGCCUUCAACAUAUGAAUUCUGAAAUAACACAAUUAAUUCAGCCUGUAACAUCAAGGAACUAGUUUUUAAAAUUCCUUUAGUUUCGGUAACAGAAAGUCAUCAUGGUUGAGAUUAUAAGGAUUUGCUGUGUUUUGCUAAGCCUCAUUUUGGUCUCUCAGUAAACUAAUACAAAACUCUUACAGGACUGAGGGUGAUCCAGAGCCGCUUAAUUAGUUUAAAUACAAUAGCCCUGUUCCCAUUGCCAGCAUCUCAGUAUCUCAACAAGCAUUUACUUCAUGAAAGUUGCUCACAGAGGCCCAGUGCCGAGGCUUGCACCUCUCAUCCUAGCACUUUCAGGAGCUGAGGUGGGAAGAUCACUUGAGGCCAAGAGUUCAAGAUCAGCCUAGACAACAAGGGGAGACCCUGUCUCUAUUUUUUUUUGUUUUGUUUUUGUUGAGACUGGGUCCCACCCUAUACCCUGAGCAGAGUGCAGUGGGUGUGGUAGCUCACCGCAACCUCAGACUCGGGCUGCGGGCACCCCGCUGCCUCAGCCUCUGGAAGCUGCUGGGAUUACAGGCGCUGGCUGCCGCGCCCAGCUGGGUUUUUCCAUUUUUUUCAUGAGUCAGGGUCUCACUGUAGCUCAGGCGAGUCUCGAACUCCUGAGCUCAAGCGAUUCUCCCUCCUCAGCCUCCCACAGUGCUGAGAUUACAGGCGUGAGCCACCGUGCCUUGUCUCUAUUUUUAAAAAGUGAUUGUCUCAUUCCAAGAAUAGGCCAUGUGAGCACACAGAGAAGAUCCAGGAAGAAGGCCCUCACCAAGACCGCAGUCAGCUGUCAGGUGGAUCUUGUAUUUUCCAGUCUCCAAAACUGUGAGAAAUAAAUGUCUGUUUAAAAAAAAAAAGAAGAAUAAGAGGCGUUGCUAAUAGAGUGAGUUAAACAGCUUGGAAAGAAGGGAACUUCUUAAUCGAGACAUGUAAUACGGACACAAUUUUUAUGGAACUUUAAAUUCAAGCUAAUCUGUAGUGAUUGCCAGGGGAAGGAGAGAUUAAAAAGUAUCACUAGGAAACUUUUUGCAUGGCAUACUUAUUAGCUUGACUGUGGUCAUGGUUUCACCUACCACAUUGUACUUUUUAAGUAUGUGCACUUUAUUGUGAAUUAUGCUAUUUUUAAAUGGCUUUUAUUUGGUCAGAGAUUGCUAAAUAGAAGUAAAUAAAAAUAAAAUGGGUUCAUUAUUGAUAAAAGCUAGCUUAGGGAUAUGGUGUAAGUACAUUCUCCUGAACCUCAUCAACAACUACUACCACCACCACCAUACUGAAGGCCUCACCCAGCAGGGGCAGAGCGACCCAAGCAGAGGCGAGCAAGCAGGCCUAAAGGAACAUGCUCAGUGCCUCCCAGACACGUUCCUGCAGGGGUGGGGAAGUAGGGAGUUAGUCUAGGCGUCUGAACAUUCUUUAUGUGUGUCAAGGGCCAGAGAGGAAAUAUUUUAGACUUUGCACAAAGUCCCUGUCAAAACUAUUUGACUUGUAACACAAUAGCGGCCAUAGAUGAUCAUAAACGAAUGAAUGUAAAUGUGUUCCAAUAAAAGUUUAUGUGCACAGUUGUGAAAUUCAUAUAGUUUGUGUUACAAAAUAUUUGUUUUCAACCAUGUGAAAACAUAAGAGUCAUGUUUUGGCUCCUGAAAUAUGCAAAAAACAAGCUGGGAGCAACAUUUUGCUGACCCACACUCAAGGAAAUCCCUCUACAAGGAAGCAUAAAGAAAACACAACCCCACCACCACCAAGUAAGCAAUGCAGAAAAUCCAGACACCUUUAUUUAGAUUAGUACAUAUAUUUAAUAGUGUCAGAUUAGAAAUGAUACCUUGUCAACAUACGGGGGGAAACAAUAUAUUUUAAAAACUCAAGACAUAAAACAGAGUCCAUGAUAGACUGGGCACACAGAGGAACAGUAGUAUUCCCCUCUUCCCUGUCCACAAGGAUGGCAUCAUUGGCAGGUUAAGUGGUACACUGGAUUUUCUUGCCUUGUUGGAUGUUUUUUCAGGUUUUUUUUUGGGGGGAGGGGGUUAGGGGCGAGGUUCUUACUCUGUCACUUGAGCUAAAAUGCAGUGGCAUGACCAUAGCUCACUGCAACCUCAAGCUCCUGGGCUCAAGGGAUGCUCCUGCCUCAGCUUCCCAAGUAGAUGGGAUUACAGCUAAUUAAAAAAAAAAAAAUUGUACAGAUUGGGGGAUGACUUUCACUAUGUUGCCCAGGCUGGUCUCAAACUUGUGGCUUCAAGUAAUUCUCCCACCUCAGCCUCUCCAAGUGUUGCGAUUUCAGGAGUGAGCCACAGCAACAGCCAGGGAUGUUGGUAGUCAAACAAAUAGUCUCUUAGUGCGAUGGGUUUAAAUCCUCCUAUCAAAUCUAAACCAGCAACUAAGAGUCUUGUUAAGCUGCUAGCCUUAUAAAUGCUCCCUCCUAUAUUCUUGGGCCCAUUUUUUUCCAUCAAUCCAAAUCUCUUAGGCUCUUUAUCUCCCAAAGAACCUUACUGAUAAGUGGUACAUGAUGAAGGAUGCUGGCCAGUCACUCCACCCUGUGCUAUGGUCUUCCAAUAAAAAGUGGGAUAACGAGAUGACUCACUUUCUGACCACUACUGUGAUGUUCAAUUCCUUCUGGAAUCAAGGAUCAGAGCAGUCAGGCUGAGAUGGCCAGGCACAGAAAAGGAGUGGCAGAAGCACACUGCACAUUUGGAGGGAGGGGUCCAGAUGCGAUUUGACUGGCGAGACGAGGCAGGCAAUCUCUCCUUUGUCUUUUGCUCUCUUGGGACCCAUCAUAAAGGAUUUCCUCCUACCUCUAGGAAGAGAACUUUCAGGUGGUCCGAAAGGUCCCCGAGAAUUUGCCCUCCUUUGGCCUGGGCAGGAGUUCUUUAGGUAGAGGAAAGCAGGACUUGUAGUACUUUACAGUUUAAAAAAGAUACAUUCAAUUCCCAGAUCCACUACUUAUUGGCUAUGACUUUGGGCAAACGACUUAGCCUCUGCAACAUGAGAGUAAUAGCAUCCUCUUCAAGGUUAAUUACAGGAUCAAAUGAGUAUGUAAGUGCGUCUAUUAUCUUCACAAAGGGAUAAAUGUUCACUCCCUUCAUCCUUAUGCUCGAUGACUUCAUAUUUGGACUGGCAUCCUCAAUGCCAGAAAUUUCCAGUUGUGCACAAAAAUAAGAUAAUCCUGGUUGCCAAGUAGAGUAGAUUCUAGGUUUAUGAAGCUAAAUACUGGUGUAAAAAAACAUCACAUUUUCCUUCUAACACAAUAGACAGUAUUAAACUGAUUAGUGCCGACAUAGUAAAGAAAUUUUUAAAAUGACACUCAUAAAUUUUUCAGUUCUGCCAUUCCCAAGUACAAUAAUUAAAAAAAAAUGGUACUAAGAGGAAGAAUAUUCCUGGAGAUGACAAAAACACCUGAAAGCUUCAUUUUUUUUUUUUUAAGAGCCCAUGGGUAUAAACAUUUUCUCUAUCACACUUGCCUUGAUGGUUUAAAUGCCUUGCUUUUCCCCUUAAUCAGCAAUUGGGUUCCAGUUUUCCCCAUGUGUUAUGCAAACAUUGUGGAAAGUGAUGUUGUUCAAGUGUGAUCACACUUUUUCUUUUUUUUUUUUUUGAGAUAGAGUCUUGCUCUGCUUCUUGAGCAGCAGUUCUCAACCUGUGGGUCGUGACCCCUUUUUAACAAUGAAAAUACAUUGCGGCAUUAGGAAGGUUGAGAACCACUGAGCUAGAGUGUAACGGUGUCAGCUUGCUGCAACUUCAAACUUCUGGGCCCGAGGAUCAUCUUACCUCAGCUUCCUGAGUAGCAGGGACUACAAACACUUGCCACCGUGUGCCGGUAAUUUUUAAAUUUUUUAUAGAGACAUGAUUUUGCUGUGUUGCUCAGGUGAGUCUAGACCUCAUGGCUUCAAGCAAUCCUCCUGCUUGGCUCCCCAAAGUGACAGAAUUACAUGUCACAGGUGCAAGCCACCACACCUAGCAGGUGUGGUCACGUUAGAUGCCACAACACUGCUUCUCCCUCUCAUCUAACCUUCCUGCGAAGAACAUAGGGGCACCACCAAGGCCACCAGCCUCAGGACCAAGAACCACCGUGAGCCAGUCAACGUGACAGGCUACAAUUAAUUCCACUUAAUUGAUCCAGAGUGGAUUUUUUCACAUGUUUGAAAUAGCGUUUACUUGGUAGAAAAAUUGUUUAAUCAAUAAAUGUAUUUUUUAAACAUGAAUUGAGCAUGUCUACAUGCAGUUAUUGUCAUGGGAAGUAUCUGCAAGGGCCCAGAGUCUCCCGACCUCAUUAAGACUUUGUUUCAGAAUCUGGGAGCAUAGCACAGUUGCUGAAUCCUUGUCUCUGUAAAUAGAAAUCCAAAUGCAUGGCCUACAGUAGGUACUCAAUAAAUGUUUAAGGAAUGAACCAUCACUUCUGUGUUUAAUGUAAACUGGGGCUAAGCAAGGCCUCAGUGAGGUUUUUCUUAGAGAAAAAAAAGAUAAAGAAUGAUAAAAUGCUACCUUUGGCUUUUGACCUACAAGGCAUGUAACUCCUCCUUCCUUUCUAUUACCUCAGUUCUUAGAAUAUAAUUCUUAACUUCUGUACUGCCAAGAGCUGCUCUCCAGAGACAACAUAGAAGGGGUGGUUGGCCAUAGCACAGGAGUAAAAUGGGAGGGCUUUGCUUUGAGUUUCACUAUGAGUACAGAAAACUUGCUGCACAGAAAACCCUCUGGUCACCUACACCCAAGAGGACACAUGCCUCUUAGAUAAGCUAAUUUAAUAUACACAGCCAUCUGACUCUGCAGGUCCUCUGAGACAAACCAUGUUUAGAAAGUUGUCCUUAAAGGCAACCACAGCUACUAAGAGAGAAGUCAGGUCCCCAUCCUUAGUUAACUCACCUUCCCUGAAGGUCUAUA